UGUACCAACAAAUAAAUUUCGGUGCUGAGAUUGGAAUUGGAAUAGGAAUAGGAAUAGGAAUAGACACGAAAAGGAAGGAAGGGCUAUCAAACGAGUUUCUCAGAUCUGAUCUGAUCGAUUUACCUGCAAAUCACAACCAGAAAAACUAAAAAUGUCUUCAACGUUCAGCGGCGAUGAAACUGCACCCUUCUUCGGCUUCCUCGGCGCUGCAGCUGCCUUAGUCUUCUCCUGCAUGGGCGCUGCGUAUGGGACGGCGAAGAGCGGAGUUGGAGUGGCGUCGAUGGGUGUGAUGAGGCCGGAGCUGGUCAUGAAGUCGAUCGUGCCCGUGGUUAUGGCUGGUGUGUUGGGUAUCUAUGGAUUGAUCAUUGCUGUCAUUAUCAGCACUGGGAUUAACCCUAAAGCCAAAUCUUAUUACCUUUUUGAUGGAUACGCUCAUCUUUCGUCUGGUCUUGCUUGUGGCCUCGCUGGCCUCUCUGCUGGUAUGGCUAUUGGUAUCGUCGGCGAUGCCGGUGUUAGAGCCAAUGCUCAGCAGCCAAAACUUUUUGUUGGGAUGAUCCUCAUUCUCAUCUUUGCUGAAGCGCUUGCUCUUUAUGGCCUCAUUGUCGGCAUUAUUCUAUCUUCUCGAGCUGGUCAAUCGAGAGCGGACUAAAAUAGGGCAUUCUGGUUGGUGGUGGUGAUGGUGAUGGUGGUUUGGUUUGUUGCUAUUGAUAAGAAUUAUUUUGAUGUUCUCUCCAGUCAAAAUUGAAAUUCAGUCGAGGGAGUGUCUUCUGAUUCAAAAAUUUUCUAUUUGGUUCUGCAUUGCUUGGUGAGAUGGAUUGGGUAGUUGGUAUGUGCUAAUGGUAGAAUGUAGAUUAGCUUUUUGUUCUCUCUUUAAAUAAUAUUGUACUGUUUCGUUUUAUGGAUACUCUGUUUCACAAAUCAGUUUGAAUUUGGCUAGAAUUAAUUAUUGUCUGUAUUGUUUCUCCAGCUUCCUUGGUACCGUAUUUGUCAAGUAUUUUUUUCUUUCCUUA